GCAAAGAGUGGCAUCGCCAUCUAGCGGUGAUUUGCAAAACCGCUUAUUGCUGUGGACGGUUGCUAUAGAAACGCUGUGAGUGGAAACGCCACACUGCCUGAAGAAACAACGCGCUAACACAACUCCUGACAGGGAGACAUGCCGACACAGUAUUUAGCCUUUACUGUCGGUAAAAACCACAUUUCCUGCUGGCACAGCGGGCUAUACCGCCAUAACUGCCCGGCACUUCACAUUUAAAGCGUUUCGCUUAAAAAGAGCUUAUUACGUCUAUUAGCUAACACGUUAGCCUACUAGCUACCAGCAGACAGCAGCAGUCAGACUUGCUAAACCGAGCCAUGUUCCGUAAAACAGCUUGGAGAAAAACAGCCACCGACGCCGUAACCUGGCAACAAGAUCUGGCGACGAGCACGACGAUUUUCAUCCUGAAAGAAUUCGGGCCCACCGGAUUCCUCCUGAAGGAAGAUGGGGAAUCCAAACAGCACAGGGUGUGCCUGGGUGAUCCUCACACUUGCACCUGUGGAACUUUCCAAAAAGAGAAGGACCUCUGCAAACACAUCUGUUGGAUUUUGAUGCGUAAAUUUAGGCUACCAAGAGACCAUGAAUAUUGUUUCCAGCCAGGUCUUGUGGACAGACAGAUCCUGGAGGUGUUACAGGGUCUGUACAGGGCCAGAACUCCACGCCCAACUGACAGCACCUUCUCAGCACCCCCACAGCCUGACUCCAGCGAGGAGGAAGGUACAGUCAGGCAGAAGGCAGUCGGAGAAGAUGAUAUAUGCCCCAUCUGUCAAGAGGAGCUGCUGAAGAAAAGACUGCCAGUGACGCAUUGCAGGUAUGGAUGUGGAAACAACGUCCACAUCUCCUGUAUGAAAGUCUGGGCUGACCAUCAGACCAGGUCAGAAACGGAGGUCAUGGUGAAGUGUCCAUUGUGCCGAGAGGACUUUGGUGCAUCGAAGCUGCUAGUGGAGCAGGUAAAGACCUCUGGCAAACUGUAUACUCCCUCGGAAAGAGAGCAACUGGACAAACACCUUGGGAUUCCGUGCAACAACUGCAGAGUCUGUCCCAUAGUUGGAAAAUGUUUAAAGUGCACCAUCUGCAGUUAUUUCCACCUGUGUGAGGACUGCUUUAAGAGCAACUGCCACCCUCAGCAUAGCUUUGCAUCUAGAAUGAAAAGAAACCAGCCGUGGCAACCAGUGGCACAAAGUGUGGACCCCCAACCCAAAAAAGCACAGACAGUAGACAGUCAGUUGAUGCACAACCAUUGCAGCCCCACUGAUGCACUCCGCGUUAAGGCCAGUGAGAUGUCAGAUGUGGUUCCAGAGCAUGUGCUGAAGAGUUUACCAGUUCUACGAAUUCGCCCUAGCUCCAAACUUCUGGAAAAGGGCAUGCAGUGCCGCUUAUGCCUUCAGAGCUUCCAUUUGGGCCAGCAUGUUAAAACUCUACCCUGUCGACACAAGUUCCAUACUGGGUGUAUCGACGCAUGGUUACACCAGUCUGUCUGCUGCCCACUGGACUGGCAAGUCAUCUACAACCCCCUCACAUGGAAUGCUGUUGGGGUCCAGGCACCCGUCAUUCCUUCUAAUGGUGCCAAGCCUAGCCUUAUUGAUCAGCAGCGAUCUGAGCUGUUCAUUCCAGGUUUUGGCCUGCUGGCUCAGACUGCCAGGGCACCUGCCUUGCAAAGCACAGAAAGAUCCGACACAUCUACAGCAGGUCCAUUGGCUCCUCUUUGUUUUGAAUCCCUUACCCAGGUCACACAGAGACUCUGCAUAAGCACAACAAAUUCUGGAAUAAACAGAGCCCAAAGUCAAUCUAGUGAAUCCAGAUUCAACCAGAGGUGCAGGUCUUCGGGACAGGCUCCAAUCUCGGCCCCCAGGAGAAGAGUCAGUGUGAAGCCAUCUUUUCCAGGCAGAUGUUCAUCUCUCACGUCAGCAUGUACUAUCAGGAGAAUGGAAGGGUCUGACAGAACCCAGCAGAGCUCUUUUCCAGAGUUAAAUGAGCAUCCCAAUAAAACCAGACUCAAAAAUGGUUCUCCCCAAGGACACAGACCAUUAUGGUUAAGACCACAGCCGAGUGGUAAAGAUCUGAGUGAGCUUGAUCUGUGGAUGACAAGCAUACCGAUCACUGUUAAACACAAAAGCAACCAAGAAUAGUGGGAUAGAAUGUUUUUAUUAUUUAGCACAAGUAUUUCAUAAUCAAAAUAAUCUGAUGAUUCCAGCUAUUUUUGAUUAGCCAUUUGAUUUAAUUUUCCUUCAAGGACUGUUUUUUGUGUUCUCCUUGCCAAAAAAGAGGGAUUUAUAUUUCCUUUUUUCAAGCAAAGGUUGUAGUUAAAAGCAAAUUCAACAAGCAUUUUGUAUCUGUUCCUUGCUUUUACAUUGACAUGAUUCAUGGACACACCUACUGUUAGAAGAGCUUUUCUUUAUUAUUUUCCACAUUUUUCGAUAAUGGUGACAUCAAAACUAUGAAAUACCGUGGAAUUACAACAAUCAGCAAUAUUGGCCUUCUAUUAAAUAAGGCUGUUCAGAGCAACCCCACCUUACUACACAUCUGAUUGGAACAAAUACAUUGGCAAGUACAGGCGUUAUCUACUUAAGUCUCUUUCUAAAGGCCCCUUCACAAUCAACUCAGAUAGUUUUAAUGAAUGUAAUAAAAUAAAAUAUUAUUCUUCGUAACUGUUAGCAGAUUAACUAGGACGCUGGUGAUUAAGGUGGGGGGGGGGGGUGAUCCCACUGCUCUAAAACUACUUCACAUCUCUGUUACACUACCACAAUACAAAAUAGCAAUUAAAGACUUAUUUUAAAAUUCAUACACAUUUCCCAGACCCCACCAGGACUCCCUCUAUUUCACACCUUUUUAUAUAUAUAUAUAUAUAUAUAUAUAUAUAUAUAUAUAAUUUUUUUUAUUUGAUUUGAAUUAUCCUCUCGAUAAAAUCACAGCAGCGUAUGGCCUCUCUUGUGGCUUAUUGCUUUUAUAUAUAAGUCUUGAAGCACAGUAAAAAAACAGCCUGUUUACUGAAUAUAUAUGUUGGAAAAUGGUCAUGUAAAAAUGAAUUGUUCCUUUGCGAUUGUGAAAAGCACAUUAAAUCAGAUUUUUAAAAUUG